AUGAGAUGGGUUGUGCUGACGUCGCUGCUCGUCGCAGUCGCUGGAAUCGCGACGCGAACCGUCGACUGGUGCGAAUACUGGAGAUUCCUCGGUCGCGACCACAUGCGUCCGGAGUGCAACGGGAUGCUGCGACUACGGCUCUCGCGACGAAGAGGUAAAUCAACUUUCAUAUUUUGAGAGGUGAAGAAAAAAAAAAGCGAAUCGAUUUAAACAAUAAACAAAAUCGUAUCCGAGUGGAGCACUUUUCAACUCGAAAUUUUUUCCCGCAGUCUUUAGUUAGCCUCAUCAGUUGAAAAUACACUAACAAAUCUGAGAGGACACACAGAAUAUCGAUAGGCCAGGUUGAGUUUCGCUUCACUACUUUGUGAAUAUCUGGGUGAAAAGUAUUUCUACUACUUUUUUUCUUAAAUCGUUGUAAUAUAUCGAUAGGCUAUAUCGACGAUAACACUUUGAAAACGUUUACUUAUUUCGAAAAGAGUAGAACUCAAAAUACUAAUAUUCUGAAAAUGUCCUUUUUUAUCCUCUUUUAUUGUUUCAGCGUACGAAUCCAUACAACGACCGGUUCCCAUUAUCCCAUAUAAGAGCAUCGUCGAAGUGAGGCCUUUCUCACAGUCGACGAUUUUCGGCAAGUCUAUUUUGUCAAUUUACCUUGCCCAGUUUCAAUUAAGCUACUGAUAAAGAGCAAAAAUCUCAGGCUCCUGUGGCGCAGAGCAUUCGAAUUGUCGCGACUCUGGACUCUGUGUCGGCGGACAUCUUUGCGUCGAUCGCUCCGGCUAUUGCUGCGCUAGAAAAAUGUUCGUAGAUUUGAAGAUGUAUUUUUGGAAUAAUCUUUCAGGAAAUUUGCCAGUGCAACUUUUUUUUUUCUUAAAAAUUUUCAAGUUUUUUGUAAUCUUGAAAAAAGUCCAAACCAAACUGCAGAAGACAGAACUCGUGUCCGACGACAACUGUGCUGACGACGACUUGCGCGGCUCGGACUCCGAUCAGCUGGUGCUCGACGGACCUCGACUGCUCGCCAGCCUUCGGCGUCACGCACAGGAAGGCCUCAGCCUUCGUCUCCAACUCCUACCUCGCCCAGCUGUCUCUUUCAAAAUGCUGUCCCACUUCCUGCGGAUACAACGUUUGCGUAUGA